UCGCGAUCGCACCCUACAGUAACAUUAGCCAUUGUCAAGGAGUAAUGUGCAUCAACUUCAAGGCACACCUGCCAUGAGUGUAAGGAGUAUAGUCGAGGAAGUCGUCUGCCGGUCAAUUCCCUCUACAAAACCCAGUCUCUUCGCUACACCAUACCACUCCGAAUCUCUCACUCUUAAUUAUUAACUAUAGAGUAAAGUGUCUCAGGAAAGAUAUAUUUUCUUGGCCUUGUCUGUUCGUACACGGGAGUAUAUCUUCAUCAUUAUUGCUCAUUAGCCUUAGCAACGGUUUUUCAUCUUCACGAUGGGUUUUACUUCUCUCAUGCUUCUGGCUGGCAUGGGCCUAGCUACUACGGUACUAGGUGCCAACCUACCCACUCUCCAUACGACGACUUCAGACUCAGGAGACCUGAAGAAACGUAACGUGGCUCAGGCUGCCACUUCACCGGUCAUCACUCAGGCACCAAGUCUCGCCUCUGCCAGCCACCCACAACCACGCGGCAAGUGUAUUUUCAGCCAGAUGCGUUGCAAUCAAGACAUUCAGGAGAUUUGCGACAUUGACGGCGAGUGGGCAUCAUAUACCGAGUGCGUACAGUGCUAUACCACAGGGAACGCGGUAGGCUGCAUCGCUAUUCCCUCGGCCACUGUCGUGCCAAUCCUUUCUGGUGACCAGCGAUGCAAUGGCGCCAACAUGGAGGUUAACGACAAUGGUGUCUGGCGUAUAGUAGAGCAAUGCUCCGAGUGCUUCGAGUUAUCGGAAGGUAUAGCCAACUGUAUUCCCUUUACCACGACUCUUACCUCCACUCCUAUUGUUAUUCCUACUACUUCCCCUAUUGCUACUCCGUCUCCACUCGCCUGCCAUAACACAUUUCGCUGCAAUGGUAAUGUGCAGGAGGUGUGUGGUGCGGACGGGAACUAUAUCGCUCUUACAGUGUGCGAGAGCUGCACCGAAGAGAGCGGCUUCGUUAACUGUGUGCCUAUCGAGGAGCCGGCCAAACCCCACGAAAACGAAUGUGUCUCGGGUGAUGAACGCUGUAACGGCAAUAUUCUUGAGGUGUGCGAUAACAAUGGACAUUAUAUAACCCUACAGACCUGCGCCGAGUGCACCCAAGGCUACGGCAUCCCUUACUGCGCACCCAUUGAAACGACACCCGCACCAAACGCCUGCGAUGUCCUAGGCGCCAAACGCUGCAACGGCAAUGCGCUAGAGCAGUGUACAGGCUCUAUAUUCGUCAAGGUCGCGGAUUGUCUCACGUGUCUUGAUAGCAAUUCAGGCCCCCUUUGCCAAACAACGACGGCGCCAUCCCCAACAGCGUCAACCCCGACAACAUAUCCAACCACAACAACUUACUCAACAGGUGCCCCAACUUACCCAACGAAGAGGGAUGAGGAAAUACAAGGCCAGCCAACAUCUUUGUCAUUACCAACUGGCAUAAACUUAUGCGCUUCCGUUGGUUUCCAGCGCUGCAACGGGAAUGCGCUAGAGGUUUGCUCGAUCGAUCUCGUAUACAUCAAGGUCUCAGACUGUAUUCUUUGUUUGGGCGACGGUGUAGGCAAGGCGAACUGUGUUGCCACUACAACAACUGUUCCAUCCUAUCCGACGACCUACCCGACAAUCUAUCCGACGACCUACCCAACGACCUACCCAACGACCUACCCAACCAAGAGGAGCGAGGCAACGGAAUCCCCGUCGACGUCUCUGCCAUCCCCGGUCAUCAUCACCUAGGAAGAGCCGUGCUCGGCCGGUGAGGUGCGGUGUAGCGGCGGGGACCGGAUCGAAGGAUGCACCGCGACGCGCGAGUGGAUGGACUUUGGGCCCUGCCCUAGCUGCAAGCAGCUAUACAACACCAAGGUCGACUGCAAGUUUGAUGAUGUCCUUGGGGAGCAGUAGAGACAUGUAGUUGUCUAGGUUGGAUUUGCUGGCUUUGUUACGUACAUGGUUAAUGGAGGAUGCGGGUUGUUUAUUCGUUUUCGGUUUCUGGAAGUCGAUGCGGUGGUUGGCUUGCAGUACAUUAAGACUUAAGUGAUGAGUGAUUUAAUCUUGCUUAGGUGUGUGAAUGUGGUUGAUC